AUGAAUGGGACAGAUGCAGGGUUACUACUCUCCAAUGUAACAAACAACAUAACAUCUAAUUCCACAACUUCAAUUGAAUCUUUAACAACUACUGGAUCAAAAAUAUUACAUGAAUUAUUAUCAACAACUUCAAUAAUAUUAAUAACAUCAUUAACUUUAAUAAUUAUAGGAUCAUAUUCAACUAUAUCAAAACCUAAAAAUGCAGAAGAUCCAAGAUUAGAUAUGGCAACUAAUUCAAAUUUUGAUCCAACUGAUAUGGAUAAUUGUAAAUAUUUUAUAAUGAAUAAAACUGAUUUAGAAUUAAAUUUACAACAAGAAUUAUCAAUGAAACAAGUUUUGAUGUUUCCUUUUAUGGCUGGUGGCGUAUUAGGUGGGUUAUAUUAUUGUUUAAAAAAUAAAAUAAGUAUUGAAUCUAUAUUGAAAUGGUAUAUUAUACUUAUAACUCCAAUUAAUGCUUCUUUUACUUUUUCAAGUUUAAUUACUAUGAUUGUUAGAAAAGUAACUCAUUUAUUUGGAAAAGAUUCAAGGGUUGUUUUUGAAAGAUAUAGAUUAGUUGUUGUUAAGGAUAAGGAUGUAUAUCCAUUGGGUAAAAUAGAAAAUAUUGAUGAUGAAGAUGAAGAAAAGAAAGAAAAAGAUAUAACUGAAGAAGCUGCUUUAGAACAAGAGGUUAAAUUUGAUCAGUACCUAAAAGAUGAAAAAAUCACAAUUUUUAAAGAAAGUGAUAUUUUAAAUGUUGAUAAAUUUGAUAGUGAUUGGAUAUUUGAUUUUAAAAUUUUCAUUAUAUUACCUGCUUCAAUUGCAAUUACUUAUUUUUUUAAUAAAAAUUAUAAUUCAUGGAUUUGGAGUAAUUUUAUUGCUUUUACUUAUGUUAUUUCAGGAUUUCAACAAUUUAAAUUAACAAAUUUUAAAUUAGCUCAUGUAUUAUUAACUGGAUUAUUUAUUUAUGAUAUUUAUUUUGUAUUUGGUACUGAAAUUAUGAUGACAGUUGCAACAAAAAUUGAUAUACCAAUGAAAUUAUAUAUUCCAAAAAUUUUUGAUGUUGGUCAUUCAAUUUUAGGAUUAGGUGAUAUUAUUAUUCCUGGAUUAUUUUGUAGUUUAUCUUUAAGAUAUGAUGUUGCUAAUUAUUAUGAAAAAAAUAAAGAAUCUUUUCAUCAUUUAACUCCUUAUCCAAAACCUUAUUUUAUAACAAGUUUAAUAAGUUAUUCAGUGGGAAUUAUAUUAACAUUACUUGCAUUAUAUACUUUUAAAGUUGGUCAACCCGCAUUAUUAUAUAUAGUACCAUCUUUAUUAAUUGGAUCUAAUUUAGUAGCUUGGUAUAGAGGUGAAUUUUCCCAUUUUUGGUCAUUUUCAGAUGGUUUAAAACCAUUUGAUAAAAACAAUAUAAAUUUAGAAGAUUAUGAUGAAGAAUAUAUACCAGAAGAAAUAGAUGAUGAAUUAGAUAAAUUCAUUGAAAAAGUUGAAAGAAAAAGAGCUCAAGAAGAUUUAAUUGAAACUGAUAUUGAUGAUUUAUAUUUUGAAGAUGAUGAUGAUACUUUUAUUAUACAAGUUGAUGAAGAAAAUGAUGAUAGAAUUAAUGAAUUUGAUAGUAAUGAUGAUGAAGAUUCAGAUGAUGAUGAACUAGAUUCAGAUGAAGAGUUGAUUGUUGUUGAAGAAGAAAUAAAUUUACUUUAUGAUGAUUUACGAUCUGAACCAAAAGAAUGGUACACAAGUGAGGAAGAAGAUGAUGAAGAGGAAGAAGAGUGUGAUUACUAA